AUGUUGACCAAGUACGCUGUCCUCGCUGCCACCGCCGCCGCCGCCGUCACUGCCGCUCCUGCCCAGAAGCGUGCCGCCGCUGGCCAGGCCGACAUUGACAUUGUCAUCCUCAACUACGCUCUUACCCUCGAGCACCUUGAGAACGCCUUCUACCGUGACUCCCUUGCCACCUACGAUGCUGCUGCCUUCCAGGCUGCCGGCUACCCCGAGUGGGUCCGCCAGCGCUUCGUCGAGAUCGGCGGUCACGAGAAGGCUCACGUCGACUUCCUGACCACCGCUCUUGGUGACCAGGCCACCGCCGAGUGCACCUACAACUUCGGCGUCACCGAUGUCAACUCCUUCAUCGCCACCUCGGUCCUCCUCGAGGGUGUUGGUGAGAGCGCUUACCUUGGUGCCGCUCAGAACAUCACCAACCCUGCCUACCUCACCGCUGCUGGCUCCAUCCUGACUGUUGAGUCGCGCCACGCAGGCUGGGUCCAGUCCUCCGUGCAGCAGGGCGACGGUUUCCCCUCGGCCUUCAGCACCCCCCUCAACUUCAACCAGACCUUCUCGCUGGCUGCUCCCCUCAUCACCUCGUGCCCCAGCACCAACCCUGCCCUCCCCGUCAAGGCCUUCCCUGCCGCGACCGUCUCCGGCGACGUCUGCGGUGGCAAGACCAUCACCAUCUCUGGUGAGGGUGUCCAGUCUGGUCAGUUCGCUGCCUUCCUGACCGGCCUCAACACCUACUACGCCCAGAUCGGCGACAACGGAUCGGUCCAGGUCCCCGCCGAGGUCAAGUACGGCCGUGUCUACAUCGUCGUCACCUCCGGCCAGAGCCUCAGCGAUGACACCACCAUCGCCGGCCCCGCCGUCGCCGACAUCCCCCUCUCCGCCGGCGAGGCUGAGAAGAUCUACUCGCAGCAGCAGUAA